UUUCACAACUUGGCAAUCUUGGCAACGUUGCACGACCAGCUGAGAUCUUUGGAAAUUUUUAUACAAUGGAAUGGCAAAACUCAGAAACUUGGACAACAAACAUUUCCCAACUUUCCACGAUUUGCAAAUAACGAAAAAUAUUUCUCUUUUUUAACUUAAAGGCAUGGACAAAUAUUUACAUCAAUGAGAGUAUUUUCUUGGGAUGACUUUGGAUUCGAUUUGAAUGCCAAGGAGGAUAAGCUUGUAAGCAAAACGGGAGAAUUAUCGUUUAAAUUAGAAGGAGGUGGAGGUGACAGUCACACCAAUGUUAUUUGGGUUCAAAACCCACUAACAAAAUUGAUCAACACGGAAACUUGUUCGGAUAUGCCUGCGGCUACUAUAGGUAGCUCCCAACAUCCUAGUAAUGAAGAGUGUGGGAUAAGGGAUGUUUGGGCACAUAAUUUGGAAGAGGAAUUUCGGACUAUUAGACAAAUUGUUCAGAAAUAUACGUAUGUAGCGAUGGAUACAGAAUUUCCUGGUGUUGUGGCAAGGCCAAUUGGUGAAUUUAGAAGCUCGGCCGAUUAUCAAUAUCAAAUGUUGAGGUGUAAUGUAGAUUUAUUAAGGAUAAUUCAACUGGGGCUUACCUUUCUAGAUGAGAAUGGAAAAACGGCAGGUGGUUCUUACACAACAUGGCAAUUUAACUUCAAGUUUAAUUUAUCGGAAGAUAUGUACGCACAGGAUAGUAUCGACUUACUUCAAAACUCUGGCAUACAAUUUAAGAAACACGAAGAGGAAGGUAUCGAACCAUUAGAAUUUGCAGAACUCCUAAUGAACUCCGGUAUUGUUUUAAUGGACAACAUUAAAUGGUUGUCCUUUCAUUCCGGUUACGAUUUCGGUUACCUCAUCAAACUCCUAACAGAUAAUCAUCUGCCACAAGACGAAAGCGAAUUCUUCGAGUUGCUAAAGCUGUACUUUCCCACAAUUUACGAUGUUAAGUAUCUGAUGAAAUCGUGUAAAAACUUGAAAGGCGGUCUUCAAGAGGUUGCAGAGCAGUUGGAUUUGGAGCGGAUCGGACCCCAACAUCAAGCCGGAUCUGAUUCUCUUCUAACCGGGAUGGCUUUUUUCAAAAUGAAAGAAAUGUUCUUUGAAGAUACGAUCGAUGACUCGAAGUUCUCAGGUCAUUUGUAUGGUUUAGGUACGUCCUUCGCUGUUAACGGAAAUGCAAACAGCUACGCUAAUGAUAACGGUGAUACGAAUAAUUCAUCAUGAAACAACUUCAUACCUACACAUUAAAUAAAGUGUUUAAGUAAUAUAUUUUAUAAAAUCA